UCAAGCCACGCAUGCGCAGUGUCUUUUAUUUCCGGUCGCCAUUCUGAAGUGGAUAAUGGCUUCUAUCGCUCGCUUUCUCAGCAUCUUUUGUGUUCGGGGUGUGAUACGGGACAGAAGGACGGGAGGCAGGUUCUAGUAUAGCGGCUCUGCAGGGACCCUGCAUGGACCACCUUCCAGCUCUCUUCAGGGAUUCUGCGUCACUUGCACUAUGUUCCGGGGCGACUCCUCUCCUUCCUGGUAAUUGGCACUGCACCGCAGCCUGGUAACACAGAGUAUAUUCUGGGAUUCCAUAGAAAAGGCAGCAUCUGUAUUCACUGUAAUGGCAUCAAGACAACCUGAUGUACCUGCCAUUGAGCACAGCUCGAGUGGGCUUCUAGGAAAAAUGUCCCUGCCCAUUGGGAUGCACCGUCGUGCUUUCAGCUAUGACGAUGCCCUGGAGGAUACAGCCCCGAUGACGCCACCUCCAUCGGAUAUGUGCAGUAACACCCUGUGGAGAAAUCCUGUAAUCCCAGAACGUAAAUACCAGAAGCUGUCUAAGGUUGAGGAUGGGGAUGAUAGCAUGCCCCCACCUGCUUUGCCCAAUUCCACCUCUGUUGAGAAGGCUCCUGUGGUGAAAGCCAAAGCAACCUCUGUCAUCAUGAACUCUCUUAUAACAAAGCAUACACAGGAGAGCAUUCAGCGAUUCGAGCAGCAAGCCGGUCUCAGGGAUGCUGGCUAUACUCCACACAAGGGCCUUACUGCUGAAGAGACCAAAUACCGUCGUGUGGCAGAGGCCCUACAUAAGCUAAAGAUGCAAACUGGAGAAUCCAGUGAAGAGAAACAAAGUUCAUCUGCUCAGUCCACUCCAUGCAGCACUCCAAGUUCCUCCCCUAAGCAGAUGCGAAGAUCCUGGUUCAGUCAAGGUUCCACUACAUCUCUCCCUGCUGGCGAAUUCCAAGGCUCUGAUGCAGAUAAAUGGAGCGUGUUUGGUCCUCGUACUGUGCAGAAAUCCAUCACAGACCCAGGUGGUUUUACUGUCCAGUCGUACAAAGGUGCUCAAAAACCAACCCCCAUGGAACUGAUGCGAGCUCAGGCUAACCGAAUAGCAGAUGAACCCAUGACAGUCAAACCACCCAAGAUGGAAAUGCCACCAUUGUCAGCAGAAAAUAAAAAGAUUAACCGGGGCCACAACCUGAAGCCACGAGAUAUGAACAUACUCACACCCACUGGCUUUUAAGAUGCACACGCACUCAUUUCAAUUAGUAUUUGGAGGAGAAUUCCAUUUACUUGUAGGCUUCUCAUUUCAUGCAUGAUACAGAUCCCUUAUGAGGAAGGAGAUUAAUAGUAAACCAUGGACUCCAUUCUCAAAUUGUAUGAGACAACUAAUCCGUUUUAACUUCCCUCAGAGAAAGGUAGGACUUACCACUAUGCAUUCCCUCACUAAGCUGUUGUUGGAUCCCACCUUUGUCUUCUACAAAGAGGUUAUAUUUGUUUCCCUGUACCCUAUUUUGGAGACCUGAUCGGCUGCACUAAAAGAAGCAUGUGAUGGUAGCGCAGACCUGGAGCUUCUCGGCUUUAUCUAUAAUGUGUAGGCCUUAAUACUGAAAUGAAAUCCUUGCUGUUAGGCCUGUAACCAACGACAUGACGCUAGCUCCAGUUUCUUUUCUGCUUUCUAUAAUGUUGGCACAUGCAAACUUCAAAUUAUUAUUAUUUUUUUGAAUUCCAUUUUGAGGAGAUUGCACACGCAAAGUCUGUUGGAUUUAAUUUAUUUGUAUGCGUGGCUUGUGUAAUCUGUGCCCAGUUUUAUGGUGUAAAAUAAACUUGAACUAAGGCUUC